AAUGUAUCGCUAAAUAUAUCUUGGCACGAAUUGGUACAAUCAAUAAACAGCUACAACUUCAUUUGUAACAACCCACAGUUAUGUUAAUAAUUUUUUGUUCAUUUUAGUAUUUAAAUUAAUUAUUAAAUUGUUAAUAAGAACAUGAACAAAUGCCGGAAAAUUUUCAAGAUAAAUAUUUUGUAUGGGACGAUUUUCACGAAGGGCUUGCGGUACUUGGGGCUAAUGAGCAAGAAGAUGAAAAAAUAAAAAGCCGUCGAAGAAAAAAAAAACUAGUAGAUAAAUCAAAAAUUUAUUGUCCCCACGCAUAUUUAAUUUUGAAUUUCCUAGACAUUUUAAAUCCCAGUCAAAAAAUAAAAUACCGUAAGAAUUACCUUCGUAAAGUUGCUCCGAAUGAACCAGACGUCAUAAUACUCCAAGAUAUAAAAAAUAUCGUUUUAUAUUUGCUGACGACUCCAGUGAGUCUUCAGUUCAUAAAUUUUUUCCAUCUGCGAGUCGUCGAUCGUCUACUGCGAGCACUCAUCGUCUACUUUCAAUUCUACACCCAAACUUGGGAAGAGGAAAUAAUUAAAAAGCGCACUGCGAUUACUAAGAAAGCACGAUAUCCUUUGGCAGGAGGUGUCAGACAGAAAAAAGCUGAGGAAAUAAGUGCGCUGAGGAGUAUCGUUGCUCGAGAGUACUGCGAGUUGUUGGUCGGAUGUGAAGAAAGUGCUAAAUAUCAUCAUAUGCUUGCUGGUUUGUCCAUUGAAUCUCAAGGAGAGAAAGAUCUGAGGAUAUUUGAAGCGCUGAUCCAAGUUGCCCAUCGUGUUGUUUGGAUUGCUCUGGAGAGAAAGUUCUACAAUUUAAUUGCAGAAGAACUCAACAGACUACUGAGAACUGACGCUUACAGUUCUGCUGACCGUAAAACUGGACGUGGAACCGACAAAGAGCUGGAUGAAGAAGAAAAACUUAUUCUUCAUGGUCCUAAAAUGUUGCCACGUAGAAAAUUACUUAUAAAUUCACCAUUAGCUUAUCAAUUACUCAAUGAAUUAUGUGACUAUCGACUUGUUUCUUUAGGGCUGAUAAAUUUUGAGUCAAAAGAUCCUAGAGUCAUUUAUUUAAAGGAUGCGUUACUUGCUGAUGAAGAAAACUUACAUGAUUUGAGGAUAAAAGUCGGUAUUUUAGGACAGCCACGUGCUAAUUAUGACAUUACACUAGUUCACAUUGACAAUGAAGAUGCUUUGGACAAAGAAGAGUUGUGGGAACGACGGAGAAGUUCACUGUCCGAUAAACGAAGAAAAAGUCUAAACAUGGAGCGAAAACCCAGAGAACUACCAGACUACGGAGAUGAUCCCGAGCUUCCUGAUGUUUACGAUCUAACAAAAGUACAGCAAAUUGAAGGGAAGUAUGACAAGUACCGCGAGGAAUCGAGGAAGAAAUGGAUAAAACGGGAAUUGAAUCGUCAGUCUUACUCAUCACAGUCGGACGCUAUUUCUAUUAUCACUACUACGAAUUAAACGUUAAUUAUAAUUAUUAUUUUUCUUACAAAAUGUAUGGGAUAUAUUGACAUCAUCAUGAAAUAGCUAAAAAAAAAAGAUUGUACAAUUUAUAGUCGGGAGAUCUUAUAUAUGAACUGGCUACUAGGUGAGAUAAAUACAAAGAGAGCACUAGAAGGCGAUGUAAAAAAUAUGCUUAUUAUAAUUAUUACUGCCUAGUUGAUAAUAAUAAUAAUAGUUAUUAAUAAUAAUUAAUAAUUAAUAAUAAUAAUGACAAUAUUUUACAAGAGCAUACACAAAUAGGACGUCAACAAAAUAGCAAUUUGUAAAACGUCCCAAUUACUAACUAUUUAUAACUCCGCAAAACUCCUACACGAGUUUGUUAUUAUUUAUUAAACUUAUCAUUUGUUUUUUGUUUUGUUACCUUGUUUUUUAUACAACUUAAUUUUAAAU